AUCUUUGGGUAUUUUUUAGCUAAUUAUUCAACUGACAACGUCCAAAUACUUGCCUGCAAAAAAUGUUAGCCUGUUAACGCCAGAGGCAACUGUAAUAACUGUGUGAAGGGUUCAGAAUAAGUUAAACAACGGUGCUCCGAUCAUGCUGGACUGGGUCAGUCUGUGUGUGGCCAUCAGCCUGUUGAUGAGUCUUCUAGCUGGUUACGUUUUGUACUCGGGACUCCUCACGGACAUAACCGUACUGACUGGUUCUCCUCCCAUAAAGAAGAUCACAUUCGUCUACAAAUUCAAACAAGGUCCAUACCAACAGAGCGGCCAACUUUUUAAGGAGUCUCACAGAAUUGGACCAAAGCUUUCAUGUAUCGGAGUGUUUUAUGAUGACCCUAAAAAGGUGCCGGGACCAGAGUGUCGCUAUGCUGUUGGCAGUAUUCUGAGCGAGGGAGAAAACGAGGCAGAUGAGGAACUUUUAAAGAGCUAUGAGACGUCUGGCUUUAAAGUCUUUUCCUUUCCCGAAGUCACGCACGUGGUCACUACCUCGUUCCCCCACAGGACGGUUUGCUCUUUCCUCCUGGGAAUAAGAAGAGUUUACCCACGGCUAGAGCAUUACAUCAAGGAAAAGAGGCUGUGUGCUCACCCGUUCCUUGAGAUCUACAGAGAGGGUCUGAUCCAGUUCAUGGCCCCCUUGGCCCGGCAGGGAGAUUUCUAUGUGCCUGAAGUCCGAAAGGCAGAAAGGAAGCUGUUGGAACAAGAGGAUUUGCAGAGUGACUCCGAAGUCUCAGGUGCAGACUCAAACAGUGAAUGCAGCUCAGGGAGUGGGGUUGUCCUGUUGGACUCAGAGAGACGUCCCCGGCGGCGUCCUCUGUCCGCUCGGUGUCUGUCUAGGAUCAAGGGGGUAGAAACUACAGAGGGAGAAGCUCCAGGGGAACCUCGUUUAAAGAGCUGGACUGGGAGCAGACUGGUGGACAGCAGGCAGAGAGAGAAGAGCGGCUUCCUAGAGACUCCAACAAGAAGAGCCCGGAGGCUCAGGAGUGGUGGGGUGCUGUUGGAGGAGAGGAGUAGAAGUUCAGUUAGAGACAUUACUUGAGAAAAAGAGAUUAAAGGAUUGAAAUUGAGAAGAUUGAGAAAUUCAAAUUAUAAAAGUGUGUCUCACUAUGGGUAUUAAAGGAUAAGGCAGGUGAUAUUCUAUGUGUCUGGUAUUGUGAACAAAUCUAAUGAAAAGACCAAAACUAACACUGUUUCUCAAUACUUUCAGACUUCCCUACCCUGAGACCCCAUCCUGCCCUGUAGAAGAAUCUUUAAAAAAAAUGGCUCAUUAAUAUAAGGUGUCUUUUUUUUAGCUAAAACAGCUGAUCACUGUAGUUUUUAACAAAUGUUACACAAACAGGGGUAGAUAGUGGAUUCAUCUUCAUUUGGUGCUCUAGUAAGCAGCAGGACGGUGUAUGCAGGACCAGCUCCAAAUGAACUACAGAGCCCAUGUUCUUUGUAAUGAAGGAACAUGUCACCCAGUGCAACAGUGUGUCUCACUGAUGUCUUUUCCUAAAAGUUAUUGAACAAAACAGGAGGUCUAAGGUGGCUUUGGCUACACAGGCACUUCUAUUGGAUCUGUUGAUAAUAAGACUAAAAUAUAAAAUAUAACCAGACUUAUUCUUUACUCUUUUAAUCACCUCUUUUUAAAGUGAAAGUAUCAAAAUCUGCUAGAUUUUGCUGACAGAAAACAAACAACUUUAAAGCUGCAGAAGCUUAUUCAGGUAACCUGUGUUUCUUGAAACAUUUUUGGAGAAGUGAUGAUGUUUGUCAAAAUGAUGCAAGAUGUAUAUGUUAGAAAAAAGUAUUUUACUUGAAAUGUCUAAUAUGCUGUACUGAACCAUUACAUGCAAUACUUGUGUUUAUUAGAGGAUUGUUUGACAAACAUACAUGGAGUUUUUACUGUUUUACUUGUUUACAAAGGGCCUUUGUUUCAUUCACUUAAGGCAUUGCAAUUACUAUAAGCACAUAGACUUCACAAAGUGAUCUGUUCUGUUCUUGUUUAUUUGACUGAAUAUUUAAGUGUAUUUCACAGCGUUUGAGCGUUGACAUAGCUCUGUUGCUGAUGCACAUGUUUUGAUAUAAAAUUGACUUCAUUUCCAAAGAGGAAGGUGUGAAUUAAUGCAUAAUAACCUUCUUCGUGUAGUUCUCACGAGCACUCCUCAGUUAGGACAUGGUUAUUGUGCGUGUGUGUGUGUGUGUGUGUGUGUGUGUGUGUGUGUGUGUGUGUGUGUAUGCGCGCGUGCGUGUGCAGCCUGCUGUCAUGAUUAGUCGAGGAGAAAGCUUACAUGGCAAGUGACCACUAAUAUUAAUUUCCCAUUACUGAAUGCAAAUUUCUGUUACUCUACCUUUUAUUUACAUCUGGCUUCUUACUUCCUCACACAUCCAUUCACAGCUCCUCAUUUUCUUUCAAGCCGUCAUAUUGUGUUAUUUUACUUUCUCAGCCUUUCUCCCAUCUGCUGUCUCUUUGCAGAGUCUAAUUACCAGCUGCAACAGCGAGGCUGGUAUAUAGUUUUCACCUUGUGAGUACGUGUGUGUCAUCACGACAAAAUGUGGUUCUGGAGACACCAACUGCAGUGGGAACUACCACAGAGGCCUUUGCCAGGUGUUUGUAUUCGUCUGACAGUCUGUCUAGUUGUAAACAGAUUUUGUCACAACUGUGCAGAAUCCAAUCACAACACUUUACUGGUAUGUAUCUGAGAUUAAAUUAAAGGCCCUAUUUGGCAUCAUGGCUGCUGGUGUGUGAUCCCAUUGCAGGAUGGUCUGUAGUUUCUGUUUGUUUUUCUCCUUUUAUUCUUUUCUCUCUUUCCCUCUGAAAUAAAUAUGGCAGCAGCAGCCUGAAAGACCACCCUAAUGACCCAGACAGUGUGUCCAGUCAUAUCCAUAUCCUUUAUUUUAUCAUCCUUAUCGCACCGGACUUGUCGCAGAGAGCAGUGCUCACUUAGAGGGUGCAGGCAGCUCAAAGGGAUGUGCAUGUGUUAUCAAGUGUGAGAAAAUCCUUCUAGGCCAGUUUCAAGUAAACCGCAUAUUCUGAGCUAAAAUGCGUUCUUUUAAGAUUCUACAGAUUUUCACUUGGACAGAAACGGGUAUUACGUGUAGACAAAGGCUUAUGUCUGUCCUUGACUUCACUGUUGCGUUUGAUAUAACUAACCACACCAAUAAGGCUUUCCUUAACCGUAACUGUGGCAUUACAUUGUCAGAUAAACUCUCAUCCUGCAACGGCUUCACGAUCAGACUGUUUAAGCCGAGAGAAAACCUGCAGAAAAGAGUGUUUUUAUCUGAACUAAAGCUAUUGUAAAGGGUGUUAUUCAGUCUUAAGUAAUGACUAACAUUACAUAUAUUAUACAGCCAGACUGAUGCUUUGAGGAAAAUUAUAUUCCAUUAAUGGAGAUCUUUUGCUGCCUGACAGCUCAUUUGAGUCAUUUUUCUUGAUAAUCCCUUGUUAAACUAUUGUAUGUUCUUAUUCCACAUGGAAAUGUAAAAAAAAAAGCCAGUUACAGCAUCACUCAUUCACUCAUUUAUUCUGGUUGAAUUUGCUGCUGAGACCUAAUUGGCAGAAUGCUGAGCUGUUACCUGACUAAUGCUCUACAAAUACGAUGAUCUAUAGUGUGUGUUUACAUUUGUAAUCUAAAUGCUGAUGGCUCUAAAGAGGGUUAAAUUCCCUCAGGGUAAAGUUAAACAAGAUGAAUGUGCUUAAAUAGUAGAGUGAGGCCCUGUGGUGCUGCCUGUUUGUGUAGUUAUAGCACCUCUCUGGGAGCAGUGGGUGCACUCCUAUACACGUGGGGUAGUAACUUGCUGAGGCGAUGCUGAUCUGUGAAUUAUUUGUUGGCUACAGGGAAUCUAAACAUAACUAGACUUAAAUAUCAUUGGUGUGACAGUAGCUGGUAGAGAUACUGUUUUAUGGAAUUAAAGGGUAAUUCCGCUUUAUUCCAACUUGUCAUAGUUUAGGAUCACUGUUCCUGUUGACAAUAGUCACUUAUGUACUCACAAAAGUAAUAGCUGAAAUCUGUGACUGCAGGGAUAUUGAAGGGUUUACAUUUGACCCACUGUACAUGUUGUAUUUGUGGACACAUAGUUAUCCUGUGUUGAGGCAGCCUAUUCUUUUUUUAUAUUAAAAGUGCAGCCACUUUGUGUUUUACCUCCAAAUAGAGUAGUUUCAGUGAUCUGACCAAACGUUUGGCUUGUUUACAAGGCUUGGCUUGUAUCCGAUAGUCUGACUGCUCGAGUUUCUUGCCACAUUGACCUCGUUUGUUCCCAGCAAUUACUUUAAUGAGUACAGAGUAUUUUCAUAACAAUGUAUGAAAAUAUGAGCCAAAUUAAGCUGAAAACGGAUUUAUCCUUGAAGGAUGAACCUUUGGGGUGGGAAGUUGAAUCUAAGCAGGGACAAUUUCCUUUGUAGAAAGCAGUAUUUCUAUAACAAAGUUUGUUUUUGUAUGUUUCCAUACUUGUGAACAGCAACAAAAACAGAAACACCACAUGAUUUUAAACUGUUUGUUUAACAUCGUUCAUUGACAUUGAAUCAUUAGAAACCCACAAAGAGAGCAGCAGUCCGACUGAUGUGCACUGACCACUGGCUGGAAACGCUUUGUGUCUGUCCUCUAUAAUUUCACUCGACAUUAAUUGGCAUGUUGCUAUCUAAACUCUACAUUCCACCCACAUGCCCUCAACUAUUGUAAUGUAAACUACAAUUCUAUUUCAGGAGGAAAUUGGUCCCUUUGUGUUAGCUGAGGGAAUUAUGCAACAAGCAGGACCCACUCGUCAUUUUAAUUGUACACAGAAAAAGUUUUUCUUUUCCCAGCCCCUAACUGCAAAGUAUCUAUUGUUAGUGCAGAAAUUAAACAUUUUAAAACGGUGAGAUGUGUUAUGUAUGUGUGUAGGUGAGAGGAGGGUGUGGUGGUGGUGGUGCUCAAGUAUGUGAAGGUGACAGAAACGGGUGAGCGAUGAAGAUGAAUACAUUCUGCAUUCAUUAUUACGUUGCUUCCUGAAUAUUUCCAGAUUUAAUUGCAACUGGUUGUGCACAGGGUACGGAGUUGGACUUAACAACCCAAACUGGUGCAGCAGACCUUUUCUGCACUCCUCACUAAUUAUGCAACAGGAAUGUUCCUGAUGUAAUAUUGUUUUGGAUGAGAGGAAAAAAAUGCACAGUUUGUUGCAUGAAAGGGUGUCUUCGCAGAAUGCUUUGCUACAGAGCACCAUGUAGCAUAGUUCACCUUAAUUACCAGUGAGACAUUGAGGUUUUCCACUGCUGGCUACACCGCUUUUAAAUAGCUAAUAGCUGAAUCAAUACAGUUAGCCUCGCUUCUUUUGGACG